GCCUUCUUCUCGCCAUUAAUGGUUGAAAUCUCUUUAUCCGGCACUCAUCUUUAUAAAUUCAUCAUUUCGACACCCCUGUCAGAAAUCAUUUCACCCAAAACACAAACAAAAAACCCAUUAAAUUUCUUGUAGGGUUUUCAAUUUUCGUGUUGCGAGACCUCUGAAACCCACAUUUCUUCUUCUUUCGCCUUUCGUUUCACGAUUAUUCUUGUUCGUAUCAAUUGAAUCGGUGGCUGAUUAGAAGUUGGUGUUUUGAUGAUUUGAUCAGAACAUUCGUUGAAGAAACUUGGGGAAGAUGGAAAUAGAGAUGGAGAACGUGAAUGGGAAUGCGAAUGCGAAUGCUGUGAAGAGGCUACCGCCAUGGACGGCGCACAUAACAUGUCGAGGAGUGGUAGCGAGUACAGUGAUCGGUGUUGUGUACAGUGUGAUAGUGACGAAGCUUAAUCUGACGACUGGCCUCGUACCCAAUCUCAACGUUUCCGCAGCUCUUUUAGCUUUCGUCUUCAUCAAAACAUGGACCAAAUUGAUUCACAAAGCUGGAUUCGUUACUACGCCAUUCACUAGACAAGAGAACACCAUCAUUCAAACUUUGUGCUGUUGCUUGUUACAGCAUUGCUGUUGGAGGUGGAUUUGGGUCUUAUCUGUUGGGAUUAAACAAGAGGACAUAUGAGGAAGCUGGUGUUGAUGUGGAUGGGAAUUCACCAGGGAGCUAUAAGGAACCUGGGGUUGGCUGGAUGACUGGUUUUCUGUUUGUUACUAGUUUUGUUGGUCUUUUGGCUUUGGUGCCUCUAAGAAAGGUUUGUACUUUACGCUUUAGUGACUUGUACCUAGCUACCAUCUUUGCAUGUCCAACAUAUAUCGUUUAAUUGUACGUGCAGAUUAU